AUCUUCUUACUCUACAUGUUGUUGAUCGAAUAGCUUCAAACAAGGAACAUACUGGUAUGUCAAAGAAAACUGUUCAGAUAGAUAUGAAAGAUGCAAAAAUACCAAUGAGACGACACAACAUUGAGCUACCAAUGUCUCCCUGUGCUACACCCUCUCAGAUAUUCCUGGAAGAAAGCCAGUGCAGUACACAAGAGCAAGGAUGGAACAAUCGAGGAAAACAAUUAGCUAAUACCGGAAACUUAAUAUAUAAGGAGCUUUCUCCAGUGAUGGAUUCAAGUUCUUUGGAGUAUAAUAUGAAAGAUGAUUCAUGUUCUUCGAAGGAUAGAUUCAGUGUUUAUCAAUAUUCAGAUGCAUGGUCGACUGCUAAAUGUUACCCUUUACAACAAAACCCAAGAGAAGGAAUUGCCUGGGACUUAUCGUUUGACAAUAAAGAGUUACAGCCAGCUUUUCUUGUACCAAAUGAACUGCCUCUGGUGAAUGAGCCUAUGUUGAAUCAUGCUGAUGAAGAAGAGAUUGUAUCAGAAUGCAGGAAUUUAACUGAACAUUCAAAAGGCAGGUUGCUGCAAAAUUCCUUGAUGAAUAAUGCCAGCCUCCAAGAUAUAUGUGAUCAUUUAAACAAUAGCAAAGAAAAAGAUCCCAUCACUUUUGCUGAAGAAGAUAUGUUCCCUGUGACUAAGAAAACUACAGCACAAGUUUCAACCAUGAAUCAGAACAUGGCUUUCUUUAGCAGAGAAUUCCCUUUGUCUCAAUGCUUUAAUCCAGAAAAUACCCAACUGUUAACCACUUACAUAGGUCAGGAAAAACGUAUCUGUGAACAUACAGGUCCAGCUGAAAAUUAUUUUGAAAUGGAAAACUCCUGUAAAACAAGGGAUAUAUAUGAUACUUCAUUUAUAAAUACAAAAAGUGAUGUGCCACUCAGAAAAAAUGGUAUUAUUUUCACACAAACAGAAAACAAUUUCUUUAAUGAUUCGAUUCAGAAACACCAUUUUAGUGAAAAUAAUUUGCGAGAUCAGCAAUUACUGGAAAGCGACUUAGAAGAGUUCAACAUUCAGGAAAACAAUUGCUUCUUCAGAGGAUUUGAAGAAAUGUGUAAUUCCUGGGAUAAUAGAAGAACAGGAGUAACAUAUGAGGAACAUCAAAAGAAGAGUAAUACUGGAAAUGUUAAGCAAUUGAAUAUAGACACAUUUAAUUGUGACCAUAACGAAACAUCUUGUGCAUCAUCUCAGGAGCUGACUUUUUCUGAGGUUUCAGCUUCAAAGAAACGAAGGAAUACUUCAGAUGAAAUAUUUAUAACUAAAAAAUUGCUGGAUAAUUCAUUUGGAAGCAGCCAAUCUACCAGCGAUUCCCCAGAAGAAACAGAGAGUUGUUGCAGUGCAGUUUCUGAUAUGGUUGUGAUGGAAAUGUCAUUCAUGUAUCAGCCACAGAAACGGCAUCCGUAGAAUCUAAUCAUCGCUUUGGCUCGAAAGUAAAUUCAGCACAAGAGUCAACAAGACAAACAAAUGUAACAGACAUGACAUUCGGACCCAAUAUAAUCGGCAGGAGCUCGGAGGAAAACAAAACACUACAUGAGAUAGCUGAUAUUUUACUGUUGCUUGGACAUUCCCAACAGUUAUAAAUUGAACAAAUUAUUUAUCUGUUCGUACAGUUAUGAUAUCAUUUAGAAUGUUUUCCCACUACAUAGACUUUAUGAUGUAAUGCAUAACUUGUAUGUAAACUAAACCAAUCCAAAUAUUUAAACAAAGAU